AUGGUCCCUUUCAGUUUCCCCCUGUCAAAGUGUGCGCUUUGGGACCCAAUCCCUAUGGGUGAUGUCAUUGGCUCACACAUCACCUAUUACAGAAACCCAAAGUUAUCUAUGACGGAGAAAACUUUGCGACUUGCCUAUCGCCAUGCUAAGCAGAAUGACAAGAAAUUAUUUUCCUGUUUUUUGCUUGGGACUCUUGCAGUAGAUGAAGCUGGGGAAGGCAUAAUGCUAACAAUAGACCGCUUUGAUCCUGGUCGAGAAGUUGCUGGUGGAUCGGGCAAAAUUCCAACUGCGUCUCUUCCUGGAGACUUUUUGAUUCCGUGUACCAUUAGUGCCUGGGGACCUUCUUCAGAAAAUAUUAUAGUGCACAGUGCUGAAGAUAUCAGCUUGGCUUUCAAGGGUGUGCAGCACAGUCUGUGCAGCAAAGAAUCACUGGAUCUUUCUAAACUGCUCACUGUUAGAGCUCACAUUGUUUUCACAGAAAACCUGGAUAAUCUGCAUUUUAAUUUCCACUGGGCUUCUAUUACCGCAGCAAAUAUCUUGGAAUACACCCCCGUGAAGUCUGUCCCAAUUAUUCCCACAGCUCUAGCAAGAAAUUUGAACAGUCCUAUGAAUAUCGCACAAGUUCAAGGAACUUACAAAUGUGGCUACCUUACUAUGGACCAGACACGAAAAUUGCUUUUGCUGCUCGAGUCUGAUCCCAAGGCUUAUGCGCUGCCAUUAGUUGGAGUUUGGCUGAGUGGAGUUACUCAUGUCUGUAGUCCUCAAGUCUGGGCAUGUUGUGUGCGAUAUUUAUUCAGUUCUUCAAUUCAAGAAAGGGUUUUUUCAGAAUCUGGGCGUUUUCUUAUUGUGCUUUAUUCAUUGACACACAAGGAGCCAGAAUUUUAUGAGUGUGUUCCAUGCAGUGGACAGACUGAACUAGGGUUUCAGAUCUUGACUUGCAAUGAAACAGUACACCUCUUCAAAAAUGUUGAACCUUCAGACAAGAACCCUAUCCACUUUGAGUUGAGUGCAGAAAACCAAAAUGCAGAAACUGAGUUCUUCAGCAGAGUUUGCAAGAAACUUCCUAUCAGAAGUCCUUCCCAAGGCUGCUCACCCAGCAAGUUGUCAGCAAGCGAUCACGACUCUGGUGUAGAAGAUGAGGAUUUAUCCCCCAGACCAAUUCCAAGUCCUCACCCAGUGAGUCAACAGGUAACUAAGAUCUUUCCUUCAGUUCCUGAACUGUCACUUGUUUUGGAUGGGAGUUUCAUAGAAUCAGGACAAUCGCCUAAGCCUAUGGGGACUUCAAAUGCUAAAAGUCUACCCUCAGCACUACACCAGCCUAAUAAAAAGAAAGGAAAUGGAAACGUUUCCCAAGCACUUGUUCGCAGUUCAACCUCGGAAGAAAGUAUUAGCGAGUCUUUACAGAAAGAACCAACAGAGGGAGCCAGCAACCAUGUGGUGGUAACAAGUGAGCAAAGCUCAGAGCCACCCGCCUCGUUGCUGCCUCGGCAUCCGUCAGAGGAUCAGAAGCUUUACCAGGACUUACUGGGCCAAGUAAACCACCUCUUAAAGUCAUCAGAAGAGCAAGAUCAGUUGCCUGUAAAAUCAGGAUUUGUUAAUGAUGAUGGUCCUAAGUAUCACGAUAUUGAUGAUAAAACAGAAAUGGCUUCAGAGACUGACGUGGGAAUGGUGGAUAAAGAGAGUGUGAUUAGUGCUACACUCAAGCAACUGAAGAGUCUUGGAGUGACAAUUGACUCGCCUGGCAAAGCGAAGAAGAAUACACACAAAGUGGAGAAUGCCAGCAUCUUAGCAUGCAUAAAUCCUGAAGCAGUGGUUCCUGGACUAAAUUACAUGUCAUUUGCCAAUGUCAGCAUGUGUGGCUUAACUCCUAACAUUGUUGAUCUGAGCAUGGAAGCAAACGCUAUAGCUCUCAAGUAUCUCAGUGAAAAUCAGUUAUCUCGACUUUCUCUCAGUCGCUCAGGCCAAAGUCCUCCUGCAGAUUUCUGUUUCCAAGACCUGUUGCAUACAAAUAUGGACAAGAGCAUGGUGGGUCUUAGCUUAAUUUCACCAAAUAAUAUGUCUUUUGCAACCAAGAAGUACAUGAAGCGAUAUGGGCUGAUACAGGGCAAUGACAGUAGCGAAGACGAGGAGGAAUUGCAGGUUCAAGAUGGCAAUUCUGGCACUGUCAAAAGCGAAAGCGUGCUGGACAAAAACUGUACCCCUGUGUUGGAUGGCUUCAAUCACUGGACUGAAUUAUCCAAAAGAAUUGAUGGAAGAUUUCCCAUUCAUUUAAAAAGUCACAGCAGAGGGUUGACUACUAAUGCUUCUCCACCAGAAUUGAACAGCCCUGUGUUAAGAAAUAUUACAAAUGAAAUUUGUCCUCCCAGAGCAGAUGAAGCAGAUGAAGACUCGGUUCAGGUUUUAAAGGAUUUAAAAUCAAAAACCAAAUUGUUACCUGGGAGGGUUGAAUUCACUGAACAACCUGGCAGGAAAGACGAAGGAGAUAUUCGGGUCUUCCCUGGAAAUCUGCAUACUCCAGCUCUUGAAACGUUAAACCAGUCGAACAGCAUAAAUUCUGUUGGCACCAUUCUUGAUGUGAAACAACUCAGGCAGUUGCCAAAGUUGUUCUGA